AUUGGUUGAUUAGUAUUUGCAACAGCUGUGAAACUCGUGCUUCAAAUUCACUAAAAGCUCAGUCACUUAGAGCAUAGGAUUAUUAGAUACAAGUUUAUAGGCCUGCAGGUUCUGAAAAUGUGGUUCUGUCUAGGUAGAUUUUUAGUAAUAAUUAGUUGUUUUGUCUGUAGUGAUGGGGAAUUUAUUAAGAAUCCAGAAUUAGAAUGGGACAAUAUGUCAAAAAUGACGAGGAAAGUAUCAUCUGAGCCUUUACUAAAAGUUUUCAGAAGUGGGAUAUCUCCUCAGUCUUCUAAUUCUGAAUUUAGAAUGCUUCCAGACUUUGUUGUAGUGUCCUCAGUUACAGAUCAGAAAGCUCUUUUCAAGCCUGAAAGAGGUACAAGGCCACUGCCAUAUUCCGUCAAGAGUUUACUGUUCCCCACUACUGUGGCUCCCACAGUGUCUACGCAACCUAAGGUAGUUGAAAUCCUGUGCCACAUUGAUAGAAUAUAUGUGAGAGUUAGAAGAGAUAUCUUUAAGACUUUGGACGCAUACAGUUAUUUAAAACUGGGCACUUGUCCUGUCAACCAAGGCACCACAAGCCAUUAUUAUUUUCUGUACUUGCUGACAUCAGGCUGUGAUUUCAAGAAACAGAGCAGUGUAGAUCAUGUGAUUGUAAAAAAUGUUAUUCACUACAAGCCAACCACAUUGGUUUUAAGAGAGAUGCCUUUUGAUGUAUCUAUUCAGUGCAACUAUCAGAGGUUUCAUCACUCCUACAAGGUUGGCAUACGCCCCAAGCUUUUGGGAGGAACAUUAUUUAAAUCUCUUAGACGAAAAUGUCCUGUUUUACUCAUACUUCAAGAUGAAUCUGGUAAUGAGAUGACCAGACCCUUUGUUAUGGGAGAACCAAUGUUCUUUGAGGCUAAACAACCUGAUGGGGCACCAACCUCUGCAGAUGACAGGAUGUAUAUCAACAAGUGCUUUAUAACACCCUCUCUAGUUCUUUCCUCAAGUACUAACUACACAGUCAUUGAUAAUUAUGGUUGCAUGGUGGAUGGUAAAGAGUCUGCAGAGUCACGGUUCCUUGGUGGGUUAUCAAAGCUAACUCAGAGGUUCACAAUAAAUGCUGUAAUUUUAAAGGAACUGGCAUCUAGUUCAAGCACAAAGCAACUCUACAUGCACUGUGAUGUCUCUGUGGGAAAACAUCCUCCAACUCAAGGUCUUAAGGCUUGCAAUUAUGACGCAGGCACCAAAACGUGGAAGGAGUUAUAUGGAUAUGACUCUUUGUGCUCUUGCUGUGACUCAUCCUGCUCACCAGCACAGCAGCCCAGAGCCUUCAGGAAUAUAGUCACCAGCCAGCCCUGGGAAGUGGACUUGGAGGAUGAUCUGAAGAUGAAAACACUUGGCGCUAACUUUGGUUUUGAUUAUGAGGAAAUGACCCCAGAUUAAUAGAAUCUGUCAGAUAACUAUUAAAUGUUUUAGUAAAUUAAAACACCUUCACUGGUU